AUGCCCGCGGUGGCGCGGUGGGUCGCCGUCCCCGCGCGGCCGCGGCGAUGCGUCCGCGCGGCGUCGGGCCAGGGCCGGGGCCGGGGCGGCGGCGGGUACCAGCAAAGGGCGGGCGGUGUGCUCCGCGACCCGUACGACACCCUCGGGGUCGCAACGGACGCGUCGCAGGCUGAGGUGAAGCUCGCCUUUCGAAAGCUGGUCCGGACCUAUCACCCGGACGUGAACCCGGACGAGAACGCGGCUGCGCGGUUCAGACGGAUCAACGCCGCGUAUGAGAUCGUCGGCGACGUCGAGCGACGCCGGAGGUUCGACCUGGGACAGGACUGGGAGGUGCGCCCCCGAACCUUCGUCCCGCGGGAAAAAAAACAAAUCACGAUCCUAGUAGUCUAUCCAUCUACUCCCCCGAACCCAACCUCUCCACUCACUCCGUCCCGACGUCGCAGGCCAUGGACGAGGGAUGGAUGCCCGAGGCGGAGACAAAGGCGCGAGCGCGGGCGACGGCGUACGACCCGAACGCGGCGCGAUCCCCAAAGGAGGCUCCGCCUCGGCGGACGCGAAAGCGAACCGACGUCGCGCUGA